AUGCAUCUCUCUAAACUUCCAUUGCUGCUAGCGCCGUUACUCAAUGCCGCUACGGUGCUCUCCGACCAAGCUCCAGCAGAUGAUCUAUCCGUCCUGACCAACGAGGUUGCAAGGGCCAACAACCAAUCUCUACUAUGGGGUCCCUACAAGCCGAACCUGUACUUCGGGGUCCGCCCUCGAAUUCCCAACAGCUUCUUCGCCGGGUUGAUGUGGGCCAAUGUGGACAACUAUGCCACGGCACAGCAGAACUUUAGGCACACAUGCGAACAGAACGAGGGGAUGGCCGGAUACGGCUGGGACGAGUAUGACAUUCGAAAGGGUGGCCGCCAGACAAUCCACGACGAAGGCAAUGCUCUCGACAUGACGAUCGACUUCAUCAAGGUCCCCGGUGGACAGCAUGGAGGCAGCUGGGCUGCUCGUGUGAAGGGUGUUCCCCGCGAGAAUGGCUCCCCCGAUCAGUCGACGACCGUUGUUUUCUACACUGGGCUGGAGGGACUCGGAGACCUGGGCGUGACCACUGAAUCCGAGGACUCCCGCGGCUUCGAAGGCGACGUGAAGCUUACGGGAUAUACCUCGGACCUUGGUGCUUUCUCGGUUGAUGUCACUGCUGGUCCCGCAAGCAAUGGUCACCCUGAAAAUGACCACCCAUCUUAUGAUGAGAAGCCCCUGGACCGUACACUGGUGUCUAGCUUGGCUUUGAACCCGGAACAAUUGUGGCAGACGAAAGUGGUUUUGUUCUCCAAGAUGAAGGAAGAGGUUGAUGCUGCUAUUGAGAAGCACGGCCAGGAGAACCCCCCCCCUGCUUCUCAAAUCUUCACGAUCAAGAACGAACCCGGCGAUGGAAAUAUUCAUCUCGUGCAGAAGGUCUUCAAGGGUGCUUUUGAGUUCGAUAUUCUCUUCUCGUCCGGAUCGUCACCGCUACCGUUGACAUCGGACAUCUUGACUGAGCAGAUUAACACAGCAUCCCUCGCCUUCUCUGAUAGAUUCGAGAAGAUCCAUCCUCCGCAAGCUCCGUUUGACACGGCGGAAUAUCUACAGUUCUCCAAGUCAAUGUUGUCUAACCUUGUCGGUGGCAUUGGUUACUUCCAUGGUACAGAUAUUGUUGAUCGAUCGGAGGCGCCUGAGUAUGAUGAGGAGAAUGAGGGAUUCUGGGAAGAGACUGCAGAAGCCAGAAGUCGGGCUCGUCCUGUUCUCGAAGGACCCAAGACCCUCUUUACUUGCGUUCCUUCCCGCCCUUUCUUCCCUAGAGGUUUCCUUUGGGACGAGGGUUUCCACUUGAUCCCUGUUGUUGAUUGGGACAUGGAUCUAGCACUCGAAAUCGUCAAAAGUUGGUUCAACCUCAUGGAUGAGGAUGGCUGGAUUGCUCGGGAGCAGAUUCUCGGCUCGGAAGCUCGCAGCAAAGUCCCACCCGAGUUCACCAUCCAGUAUCCUCAUUAUGCCAACCCUCCGACUCUCUUCGUCAUUCUGGAGGCUUUCGUCGAUAAGCUCGAUGCUAAGAAGAAUGCUUCUGUCAACCGGCCGUCUGACUAUGAAAUCACCGAGGGCCUCAACUCGGCUUUCGUUGAGACUCCAGAGCUGGGCGACGCUUAUAUGCGCUCGAUCUACCCCCUGCUCAAGAAGCACUACUUCUGGUACAGGAAGACUCAAUUUGGAGACAUUAAGUCCUAUGACCGAGAAGCAUUCUCAACCAAGGAAGCAUACCGCUGGCGAGGAAGGUCUGUUCAGCACAUUUUGACCUCGGGUUUGGAUGACUACCCUCGACCUCAGCCUCCUCACCCCGGCGAGCUGCAUGUCGAUUUGAUCAGCUGGAUGGGUAUGAUGACCCGUGCCAUUCGUCGUAUCGCCGAGGCACUUGGAAAUGAAGAGGAUGCCGAACAGUUCAAGAACUACGAGAUCGCUAUCUCGCGGAACAUUGACGAUCUGCACUGGGACGAUGACGCGCAGACGUACUGCGAUGCCACCAUUGAUGAAUACGAGGAGAGCGUUCAUGUGUGCCACAAGGGCUAUAUCUCGAUCUUCCCCUUCUUGACCGGAAUGCUGGGCACUGACAGCCCUCACCUGAAGGCCGUUUUGGAUCUGAUUGGGAACCCGGAAGAACUCUGGAGCGAUUAUGGCAUCCGUAGUUUGAGCAAGAAGGAUGAGUUCUAUGGCACCGACGAGAAUUAUUGGAGAAGUCCCAUCUGGGUCAACAUCAAUUACCUUGUGGUCAAGAACCUUUACGAUGUUGCAAUCAAACCCGGUCCCCACAGCGAGCAAGCCCGCGAGUUGUAUUCCAAUCUGCGGAAGAAUUUGGUUGAGAAUGUGUUCAGACAGUGGAAGGCAACUGGCUUUGCUUGGGAGCAGUACAACCCUGAGACCGGACAAGGGCAGCGGACACAGCACUUCACCGGCUGGACAAGCAUGGUUGUGAAGAUCAUGUCCAUGCCCGAUCUGCCCGCCAAUGGAGCAACAGGCCACGAUGAAUUGUAG